UGGCUCAAUGGCAUUUGGUCAAAAUUGGCGUCUCUAAAAUAUAGAAAAUGACAUAGGAAGUUUGAAGAAAGUUCAAGAACCACAAUAAACUUGCAUGCACAAGAAAACUUUACUUAGACAUAAAGGAAAAAAAGAUUUGAUAUGAAACAAAAAUGAUGGAAAACCAAGAUGUGAAGCUGCUUAACUUUUUAUUGAGUCCAGUUGGUAGAAGAGUUGAAUGGGCUCUAAAGCUCAAAGGUGUUGAUUAUGAGUAUAUAGAAGAAGAUAUCUUCAACAAAAGCAAUCUCCUUUUGGAAUUGAACCCGGUUCAUAAAAAAGUUCCGGUUCUUGUUCAUGGCAAGAAAUCAAUUGCAGAGUCAUUGGUUAUUCUUGAAUACAUUGAUGAAACAUGGAAGCAAUGUCCUUUGAUGCCCCUCCAUCCUUAUGAAAGAUCUCGUGCUCGAUUUUGGGCUAAGUUAUCGGAUGAGAAGCUUGUGUGGGCUUCAUGGAAAGCAAUGGUAAGGAAAGGGGAAGAAGGGGAAAGGGCCCUAGAGGAAGCAAAAGAAGUAAUGGAGAAGUUUGAAGAGGAGAUAAAUGGAAAGAAAUUCUUUGGAGGGAACAAUAUUGGGUAUCUUGAUCUUGCUCUUGGAUGGAUCACUUGUUGGCUUCCAAUUUGGGAGGAAAUUGGGGCAAUGCAGGUACUUGACCCAUUAAAAUGUCCAUCCAUCUCUUCAUGGAAGAUCAACUUUCUGAAUCAUCCUAUCAUUAAAAACAACUUGCCACCAAAGGAUAAAAUGAUUGUAUAUUAUCGUCGUUACAUAGAAUAGUUUUCUUCAACUCAUUAUGGUUAAUUGGUUGUUGAUUAUGCAUGCAUGUUUGAGUUUUAUUUGAUUUUCUGAGUAAGUUAUAUAUCGCACAAAGUUUCAUUAGAAGUGCCAAUUUGUUUAUCUUAAAAACUAGUGAACACCGCUAGUCUCAUGUUAGAGGUUACUUGCGAGAUCGACUAGAGAGUCUCGCAACAAUGUGUGUGAAUUUGUUAAAAUAAUGUGAAAAUAGUAUGAAUGUGAGUGGUUUUGACAAUGAUCGAAGUUACGUUAUGAAAAUAAAAUCAAGUUAAAGUGAAACUUUGACUGAAAAAGUAAAGGGUUCGACCAUGAAAAAAUAAAAUCAAGUUAAAGUGAAACUUUGACUGAAAAAGUAAAGGGUUCGACCAUGAAAAACAAAGAAACAUAAAUUAAAUUUGAAAGUAAGGCUUUGUAUAAAUGGAAA